UUCACAUGUACUGAUAACAAACAAUUUACGAAAUUGCAACACGCGCUCACUUUCUUCUCCUCCACAUGAAAUCGGAGAUCACUACUCAAAGGGAAGAGCUCACCAGGCGGUGGGUUGAUCUCUUUGCCUCUUCUGUGUACCAGCCUUUGGAUUGAGUCGAAAUUAGGCGUUUUGGUUUUUGGAAACUGUGCCCUAAUUCCUUUCUGGGUUCUAUUACUGAGGUCUGGAUAUUAAGUGGGUAACUGUCAGUUUUCCUUGUAGUGGGCUUGAUAACCGUAGUCAUUUGAAUUGGGAGUUUCAUUUUGUAGUUCUUAAGAAAAUUUGAGGUUCAAUUUGAUCUAGAUAACUGUCUUCAAGGGGAAUUUGAUAUGAUUUGGGCUCGGUAUUGGUAGCUUUGAAUAGGAUUAUGGGUGCGUUUGAUGCGCACUGUUCGACUCCCCGUGGUGUUAUUGAUGAGAGAUGGGGCUGGGUUUUCAUGGAAGUUACAUAUGUAUUCAACAAGGUCAUCUAGAGGAGUGAUUAGGUUUCGUCGAUUUAGUUGAGUGGUUUAUCAGGUGCAAGUUGUCAUUUCGAUUGAAAAGGGGAUAUUUUGGUGUGAAGAAUAUAGUAGGUUAUAUAUUUUGGUAAGGGAAACUUAGGGAAGUCGACAAGGUUCGAUUUUUGUUGGGUUACAAAUCAGAUGACUGAUUCAGUAUGAUUGGGGUUAUGAGAGCCUUUUGUCGAUGGAACCACCUGACAAGAGGUUCUCAGAGUUCGUUGGCGUAGUGAAAUCUUGGAUUCCUCGGAGGUCUGAACCGUCAAAUGUGUCAAGAGACUUUUGGAUGCCAGAUCAAAGCUGCAGGGUUUGUUAUGAAUGUGAUUCACAGUUCACAGUCUUCAACCGUAGGCACCACUGUCGCCUUUGUGGUCGUGUGUUUUGUGCCAAGUGUACUUCAAACUCUGUUCCGGUUUCGUCUAAUCAUGCAACAACGAGUUUGGGAGAAAUUGGGGAGAGGAUUCGUGUUUGCAACUAUUGCUUUAAGCAAUGGGAGCAAGAGUUAGCAGCUGAUGAUAGUGGUAACCAGAUGUCCAGUCCAGUACUUUGCUCUUCUCCUUCAACAGCAAGUUUGGCUAGUACCAAGUCUACUUGUACCAUUAAUAGCAGUACGAUGACUGCUGGGUCUAUGUCGCACUCUACUGGAGCAGGUCCAUACGCCAUUUAUGAUUCUGGUCCAGUUGGCAGUCAGCCAAUAGAAAUGGAGAGUGGCACUGAUAAACAAGACAGGCUGCCUAAAGUAGAUUCAGUUGUGGAUUUGGGAGAUCCUUCUCCUAAUCAAUACGGAUUUUGCAUGAACAGAAGUGAUGACGAUGAUGACGAAUUUGGCGCUUCUCAUUUUGGUUUGGAAACACAACGUUUCCAGGCUUCUAAUGAUUAUUAUGGCCCCAUUGGCUUUGAUGACUUUGACCAGGGUUACCAAUCUGAUAAAGUUUAUCCUUCAGAAGAAAAUGCAGAUGAUAAAAAGAUACAUUGUUCUGUCCCAAACAAUGCAGAAUUCCCUACUUCUUUUGAUGAGGACAAGAUACGAGCAAGGGCAGGACAUGAUAAUAGUUAUGAGGGUGGUCCUUCUUCCACCAUUUAUGGUAUGGAGGGUUUGGAUAUAGAGCCUGUAGAUUUUGAAAAUAGCAAACAACUUUGGCAUCCUCCUGAGCCUGAAGAUGAAGAAGAUGAGAGAGAACCUACUCUUUUUGACGAUGAGGAUGAUGAAGAUGCUACAGGGGAGUGGGGAUAUCUGCGCUCAUCAAAUAGCUUUGGCAGUGGUGAGUACAGAGCGAGAGAUCGUUCCGGUGAAGAGCAUAAGAAAGCCAUGAAAAAUGUUGUUGAUGGGCAUUUCAGGGCUUUGAUAGCUCAGCUUCUUCAGGUUGAAAAUUUAUCUGCAGGUGAUGAAAAUAAUAAAGAAAGUUGGCUGGAGAUCAUUACAUCUUUGUCAUGGGAAGCAGCAACUCUUCUUAAACCAGACACUAGUAAAGGUGGAGGAAUGGAUCCUGGUGGGUAUGUGAAGGUUAAAUGCUUAGCUUCUGGCCGACGUUGUGAAAGCAUGGUAGUUAAAGGAGUUGUUUGUAAGAAGAAUAUUGCUCAUCGCCGUAUGUCAUCAAAAAUUGAAAAACCUCGUUUCCUAAUCCUGGGCGGUGCUCUUGAAUAUCAACGAGUAACAAAUAUGCUGUCAAGUGUUGAUACUUUGUUGCAGCAGGAAAUGGAUCAUUUGAAGAUGGCGGUUGCAAAAAUAGAUGCUCACCACCCCAAUGUACUGUUAGUUGAGAAGUCAGUAUCCCGUUUUGCACAAGAUUAUCUCCUUGCCAAAAACAUUUCACUUGUUUUGAAUAUUAAAAGGCCACUUUUAGAGCGUAUAGCCCGCUGCACUGGUGCUCAAAUAGUUCCUUCAAUUGAUCACCUUUCAUCUCAAAAGCUGGGGUAUUGUGAUUUGUUUCAUGUGGAGAAGUAUUUUGAAGAGCAUGGGAGUGCUGGUCAGGGCGUAAAGAAGCUGAUGAAGACAUUAAUGUUUUUUGAAGGGUGCCCAAAGCCAUUGGGUUAUACUAUUCUGCUCAAGGGGGCUAGCGGCGAUGAGCUCAAGAAAGUCAAACAUGUUGUUCAAUAUGGAGUCUUUGCAGCAUAUCACUUGGCUCUGGAAACUUCUUUCCUUGCAGACGAAGGUGCCUCUCUACCUGAACUUCCAUUGAAGUCCCCAAUAGCUGUCGCAUUGCCAGAUAAACCAUCCCAAAUUAGUAGAUCCAUCUCCACAUUUUCUGGUUUCUCAACCCCAGCUUCCAGCAAUCCCCAAAUCACAAGUAAUGUGCUAGGACCUGAUGAAUCUGAUUCCACGCCAUUGGAGCAGGACAGACAAGCUGACCCUGAGCACCAGAAUUUGGCAACUGUAAUAAGUUCACCUGAGCACUCUUCUACUGGUGCUGAGGGAGAUGAAAAGAACACGGGUGCUGUAGAACAUGUUGAGCCUGAAUCUGUCAGGUAUAAUGUCCAGACAUUUGAACAAAAUUCUGGGUCAGAGGGAGGAGAUAAAUGGAUGGUUAAUGAUACACUUCCAGAGAACAAGCAGAUUGCUGGGGAACAACCUUGUUCUUCCGAUGCGGAGAUAAGACAUCAAGAAAACAGCCAAAAAGACGAUCAUGAAUUAUCAAAGGAAGAAUUUUCCUCUUCUGAUCAUCAAAGCAUUUUGGUAUCCUUAUCUUCAAGAUGUAUCUGGAAAGGGACUGUUUGUGAGCGUGCACAUCUGUUUCGCAUCAAAUACUAUGGCAAUUUUGACAAACCACUUGGAAGAUUUUUACGUGACAAUUUAUUCGAUGAGAGUUACCGGUGUCGUUCAUGUGAGUGUCCGCCAGAAGCUCAUGUUCACUGUUACACUCAUCAUCAAGGAAGUUUAACGAUAUCUGUAAGAAAGCAAGAUUUCACUUUGCCUGGAGAACGAGAUGGCAAGAUCUGGAUGUGGCAUAGGUGCUUAAGGUGCCCUCGGAUUAAUGGCUUUCCGCCCGCAACUCGAAGAGUUGUAAUGUCUGAUGCUGCAUGGGGUUUAUCCUUUGGGAAGUUUUUGGAACUUAGCUUUUCAAAUAAUGCUGCUGCUAGUCGAGUAGCUAGCUGUGGUCAUUCCCUUCACAGAGAUUGCCUUCGAUUCUAUGGGUUUGGAAAAACAGUUGCUUGUUUCCGAUAUGCACCAGUCAACGUUCACUCUGUUUAUCUUCCUCCUUCAAAACUUGAUUUUAACUACCAACAUCAGGAGUGGAUCCAAAAAGAAGCUGAUGAGGUUGCUAAGGAUGCUGAGCUUUUAUUUAAAGAGGUGCUCAACAAACUGCGUCAAAUUGCAGCGAGUGGAUUUAACACUGGUUCUUGUGAUGAAAAUGUGAAGGUUCUGGAAUCAAGAUCCGUCUUUGCUGAACUUGAAGGGAUACUGCAGAAUGAGAAGGCAGAGUUUGAGGAUUCCCUGCAGAAAGUAGCUAAUAAAGAAGCAAAGAAGGGACAGCCUCGUAUUGAUAUUCUUGAGAUCAAUAAGUUACGUAGACAGUUACUAUUCCAAUCAUAUUUUUGGGAUCAACGCUUGGUAUGUGCUGCUAAUGUUGGUCAUCAUCGAGAAGUUAUUGGUGGCAUUAGCACCAGAUCCAAAGAGAAGCUUGGCUCUAUGGAUAAGCUAUCUGAUUCGACUUUAAUUUCUCCUAAGCCACUGAAAGGCUUUCAUAGUUUAGAUGCCUUACCUUCUUAUUCAACAAACAAGGAUCCGUUGAAAAUGCCUCUGAGCGACAAUCAGGAAAGUGAGCAUCAUGACCAGACUCUGAUGGCUCAGGAGAAAAGAGAUGUCGAAAAUGAUCCUUUAUAUAGAAAACAUAGCAAAGCAUCUAGCAUAAGUGCAAUUGACCAAUUGGAUUCAGUUGAAUCUGGGUUGCCGCCUGUUCGUAGAAUUCACUCUGAUGUACAGUUCCCAGCUAUGGAAGAUUUAUCUGACACCCUGGAUGCUAAGUGGAGAGGUGAAAAUGGCCCUAAUGUUGUUGAAUCCAGCACCUCGAACUCAUUGUCUGCCACAGAAGCCACAUCUCUUUCAAUAGAUUGUGAAGAAAAGAGGGGAACUGAUGUUUCCAGAUCAUUGUCUUCAAUACAGCAUACAAGUAUUGAGGAUGGUGCAGUGAGUUUCCCUAGCUUGAUUGGGACACCAUUUUCAAACUUCUAUCGUUCCAUCAACAAGGAGGAGAAUGCUUCAAAACUUGAUGCUCUCAAUGAGUAUAGUCCUGUUUAUAUCUCUUUGUUCAGGGAGUUAGAGCGCCAAGGUGGAGCAAGAUUGUUGCUGCCUAUUGGAAUUAAUGACAUCGUCAUUCCGGUUUAUGAUGAUGAACCAACCAGUGCUAUUUGUUAUGCGCUUGUGUCACCUGAUUACAAUUCUCAGAUGUCAGAGGAGCGGGAGAAAGUGAAAGAUAUCAGUGAUUCUUCAUUUACAUUGACGAUAUAUGAUUCAGGGAAUUUUCACCCGUUUCAAUCUGUUGAUGACAUGUCCUUGAUUUCGGAUCCACUUACAUAUACUAAAGCUCUUCAUGCUAGAGUUUCAUUUUCUGGUGAUGGGCCUCUUGGUAAAGUAAAAUAUACGGUUACCUGUUAUUAUGCGAAGCGCUUUGAUGCACUCCGGAGAUCUUGCUGUUCAUCUGAGGUUGAUUUUAUACGAUCUCUCAGUCGCUGUAAGAAAUGGGGAGCACAGGGAGGCAAGAGCAAUGUAUUUUUUGCAAAAUCAUUGGAUGACAGGUUUAUCAUUAAACAGGUGACAAAAACAGAGCUGGAAUCUUUUAUUAAAUUUGCUCCAGAAUACUUCAAAUAUCUUUCAGAAUCUAUAAGAACGGGGAGCCCCACGUGUCUGGCAAAAAUUUUGGGAAUAUAUCAGAUUACUAAGAGCAUGAAGGGAGGAAAGGAAUCAAGAAUUGAUGUUCUGGUGAUGGAGAAUCUUUUGUUUGGACGGACUGUGACUAGGCUUUAUGACCUUAAGGGAUCUGCAAGGUCACGGUACAAUGCAGAUUCAAGUGGUAAGAACAAAGUACUACUUGAUCAAAACCUGAUCGAGUCCAUGCCAACUUCUCCAAUCUUUGUUGGAAACAAAGCUAAGCGGCUUUUGGAGAGAGCUGUUUGGAAUGAUACUGCUUUUCUUGCGUCCGUAGAUGUGAUGGAUUACUCUCUACUAGCUGGGGUCGAUGAGGAAAAACAUGAGCUAGUACUUGGGAUCAUUGAUUUUAUGAGACAGUAUACAUGGGACAAGCACCUAGAGACAUGGGUAAAGGCUUCAGGUAUUUUGGGCGGCCCAAAAAAUGAACCUCCGACUGUAAUAUCACCAAAACAAUACAAGAAGCGCUUUAGGAAAGCAAUGUCUGCAUAUUUUCUUGUUGUUCCGGAUCAGUGGUCAUCUUCUACUAUUAUCCCCAGCCCAUCACAAUCUGAAAUUGUUGAUGAUGCUCAAAAUCCAUAACUCUGUAUAUUUUCUCAGUUGUAAGUCUGAAAUCCUCCACAUUUUGUAUUUUGUUUCUCUUAAAAAUUUUUUACUUAUUUUUUAAACAACAGUUUCUUGAUGUCAGCUUCAUUUCUAUCAUGGCAUUAGACAAGGCUGGGCAUGAUAUUUUCAAAUAGGCCGUAAUGUUAGAUGUACUCGCUGACCCAUCCAAAUAAGUUCAUGUCUGUAACUGUAUGACGUGUAUAUAAAUCGAUAUCCUUGUUUUCAAAUGUUCAGUAUAUUUAUUCUCAA